CAUUUUUUGAGUUCAAGGUUGUUACGUUGAAAAAAUCAAUUUACCUUGAUAUCAAGCUUUGAAAACUUUGAGAGUAUAUAAUACGAUAUGCAAACAAUUCAGCCUACUGAGAAUCAAACUCCAAGAAUUGAACUCGAUCAGAACAAUGGCGUUACAGAAAAAUCCUCGGAAUCAAUAUCUCUGAACAAAGAAAUAAUAAGUUCAAGUUUGUGUUGUGUAAACGAAACAAUUGACGGGUUAUCAUAUGCCCCAGCUAAAUUUAUUUGCAAUGACAGAUUGCUAACGAAUAUCGACGCGCUGAAGGGAUUUAUAUUUUUGCGUUACAUUAACAUAGGAUUCAAUCGCAUAGUCAAUUUAAGACCAUUAUAUUGUUUAAACAAUCUGACUGUGUUAAGAGCAUCAUAUAAUGAAAUAGAAGAAUUUCCUUGUGGAAAUUGGCCCUCGUUAACACACUUAGACUUAAGAAACAAUCGUAUUAAAAGGCUGACAACUGUAAAUUACCCAAGAUUGUUGGUUCUAUUCCUUGACAAUAAUCAGUUACGUAGACUGACCAGUCAAACUGAUGGAUCAUGUUAUCUAAAUGAUUAUAGUGUGCCGAAAAUGCAUACUCUUGGAUUAUCACACAAUUUAAUUGAGGUUGAAGAUACUAUAAUAAAUGAUUCUAAUAUCAAUAUAGCAAUUGGAUUGGAAUUGAAAAAUCUAAAAGCAUUAUAUCUUGGUUAUAACAAACUAAUUAGUUUUGGAAAUUAUAAAUUAAAAAAUGGAAAUGUACAAAAUUCACCAAAUGAACUAAAAUACACUACUAAUGAUCAAAAAGAGCAAAGUUAUAAUCACAAUUCCCUAAUUGGAUAUCUUCCAAAUCUAUCUGUUUUACACAUAAGAAGUAGUGGAUUAAUCAAUCUGGAUGGAAUAACACCUGAAUGUUUACCAAGAUUAGAAUAUUUAAAUGUUAGAUGUCCGAAUUUGCGUACCUGGUUUUCAGUGGUACAUUUUGUGUGCACAGAGCAGUCAUGCUAGCAAGCUGUGGAACUAAGGUAGGUGAAAUGCAGUUCCAGCCUUGAUGUAAUGUAAGUUGAAUUCAGUGUUGAAAAGCGUCGUAACAAUCACAUACAUUAAAAUGUCUGGAGUGAUAAAAACUAAUAUUUCAAACAAAAACUAUUGAAGUGUUGUUUAUACCAAAAAUAAAACUACCUCUUAAAACAUUCGCAACUCUUUUGAUUGCUAUUACAAAAUGAAAGUGGGCCAAACACCAUUCGCCAAACGAUAGGUGCGCGUAACUGGCUUGCGUUUGCUAAUAAUAUAUAAACUACCUAUAUGCUCAUAUAUAUACAACACAAAUUCUUUUUUAAACUUACUAAAACGUUGCACAGGUGCAAAUUUAAAAAUAUUAUCACUAACUGAGAGAUACAUUUUAUGCCCUGUUACAAUAAAAAUUUCUGAUAAAUAAUCUAACUAGCUCAGUAUAUAAAGUACCAUUGCUU